AUGCCCUCUCCCACCCCCUCGCCCCCCGGCUCACCCAGCCGCCUCGCGCCCCCUUCCCAACCCGACGAGGCGCGCUCUCAAAUUGUCGAGGCCGACUCGGCAUCCAACCACAGCAGCACUGGGGAGAACUUGUACGUCGCCCCCCCGCGUGCAAGCCCCCCACGCUCUAGAGACGAAGAUGAAGGAGAAGAUGAAGCUAACGAUGACCCCGUUCGCAGCGACAUGUCGACGCGCUCAGUGACGACAAGUGUGUUUAACUUCCAUAGGGAAAAUGGGAGGACGUAUCACGGGUAUCGUGCUGGAUCCUACCACUUCCCCAACGACGCCAACGAAGUCGACCGCCUUGAAUACCAACACAUCCUUGUUAACCACUGCCUGCAAAAUAAACUCUUCUACGCCCCUAUCCCUCCUCCCCCUUACCCCCUAGCCGUCCUCGACAUCGGCACCGGCACCGGAAACUGGGCCAUCGAAAUGGGCGACCUCUACCCAGAAGGCAUGAUCGAAGCCACAGAUCUGUCUCCCAUCCAGCCCUCCGCCGUCCCCGCAAACGUGCAAUUCAUCAUCGACGACGCCGAGCAGUCCGACUGGGCCAUCCCCGAGAACCACUACGAUUUCGUGCACACGCGCAUCCUCGAGGGCUGCUUCUCCGACAUGGGCGCCGUCAUCGCUACCGCCUUCAAACACAUCAAGCCCGGCGGCUUCCUCGAGUGCCAGGAGCUCAACCCCUUUCCCCAUUGCGAUGAUGGCACCAUGCCCGACGACUGGCCCUUCGCGAAGUACGUCGAUAAGCUGCAGGAGGCCUCGCUGGAGGUCGGGCGCGAACUCGAUGUUGCGCCGAAGCUGCGGGGAUGGUUCGAGGCUGCGGGCUUCGUGGAUGUACAGCAGCGGGUGUUCAAGGCGCCGCUGGGCCGCUGGCCGAAAGAUCCGGCGAUGAAGGACCUCGGGCACUGGUGGGCGGAGAAUAUGUCGGUAGGCCUGGCGGCGUUUAGUUUGGCGUAUUUUAGUCGCGUGCUGGGGUGGAGCACGGACGAGAUUGAGCUGUAUCUCGUAGAUGUGAGGAAAAGCUUGAUGGAUAGGGAUGUUCAUGCAUAUCAUCGCAUGUAUGUGGUAUGGGGACGCAAGCCAGAGGUCGGAGAAGUGGUGCCGGGGAAGGCGCCGGCGUCAUGA